AAAAAUUACUCCUACAGUUAAGAGUUACUUAACUCAGCCACAAUCUCUUACUAAAGGGACCCACUGCCAAUUCUGCUCCAGUGGAAGAAAACAAGAUCUUCCCAAUGGACUCUCUAGCAAAAUCUAUCAACCAAUUUGCUCUGGAGUUUAGUAAAAAGCUAGCUGAAUCUGCUGAGGGUAAAAAUAUCUUCUUUUCUCCCUGGGGGAUCUCAGCCUCCUUGGCCAUGGUGUAUUUGGGCACAAAAGGGACCACUGCAGCCCAAAUGGCCCAGGUUCUUCAAGUUAGCAGAGACCAGGACAGCGAAUUUUGUCCUGAUGGUGAAAAGAAAAGGAAAAUGGAAUUCAAUGUGGGCAAGCCUGAAGAAAUACACUCUUAUUUCCAGACACUUAUUUCAGAAAUCAACAGUUCCAGCCAUGCUUGUAUACUUAAAACAGCCAACAGGAUCUACGGGGAGAGAACUUAUCCAUUUCACAAGAAAUAUUUAGAAGAUGUGAAAACAUAUUUUGGUGCAGAGCCACAGUCUGUGAACUUUAUGGGAGCUUCUGACCACAUCAGAAAGGAGAUCAACUCUUGGGUUGAAAAACAGACUGAGGGAAAAAUCCUGAAUCUCCUACCUGAUGACGCUGUUGGCCCUACAACCAGAAUGGUUCUGGUGAAUGCCCUUUACUUUAAAGGAGUCUGGGAACAUCAAUUCCUAGUCCAAAAUACCACAGAAAAGUCAUUCAAAAUAAACAAGACUACAAGCAAACCAGUGCAAAUGAUGUCCAUGAAAGAAAAACUUCAAGUAUUUUACAUAGAAAGUCCACAAGCCAUAGGCCUUCAACUCUUCUAUGAGAGCCGUGACCUCAGUCUGCUCAUACUACUGCCAGAAGACAUUGAUGGACUGGAUCAGCUGGAAAAGGCCAUCACCUAUGAGAGGCUGAGUGAGUGGACCAGCGCAGACGCGAUGGAGCUGUGCAAUGUGCAGGUAAACCUUCCCAAGUUCAAGCUGGAAGAGACUUACGACCUCAAGUCAACUCUGAUCAGUAUGGGGAUGAGUGAUGCCUUUAACCAGAGCAAAGCUGAUUUCUCAGGAAUGUCCUCAGAGAGAGACCUAUUUCUGUCCAAUGUUUUCCAUAAGUCUUUCCUGGAAAUAAAUGAACAAGGUACAGAGGCUGCAGCUGGUACUGGGAGUGAGGUGAGUGUAAGAAUGAAACUCCCCUCCAUCGAAUUCAAUGCAGAUCACCCGUUCCUCUUUUUCAUCAGGCACAACAAAACCAACGGCAUUUUAUUUUAUGGGAGAUUCUGCUCCCCCUAAACCCUGCAUCUCUCUCAUCAAACAAGAGCCUCUUACAGUGUGAAAAAUACACGUAUGAUGGAAAACACAAUUACAGUAAAACCAGUUUGUAGCCUGACUCUUUCUUAUGCAUAAAUAUUAGAAAGAUUAUCUUGAAAUAAUAUAUUCUAGUGAUCCUAUCAGGCCUAUAUAGCUAGAGAGAAUGCAAAUUUAAUUUUGUAAUCAUUUUAAUGUGAUUUUUAUUUACAUUUCAUAAACUUGGUUAUCCAAUCAAAUGCCUUACAAUGCUUGGCCUACCUGGUCACUGUAUUUCCAUUGUCACUUAUAUUUCACAUGCAUCAUUUAGUGAAGAAAAAUCUUUAUAAAGGUGAUAUAAUGAUAUAACUGAUAUUGAUAUGUGAAUUUAAAAGUAUUCUAAAAUAAAAAUUUUAUUAGAAAGAA